AUGGAUUACGACGAGGACUUGAGCGCUCCUGUGUGGGAUGAACUUAAUGAUCACACCAGUAGUCCCGCCAACGAAGUAAACAGCGACAUAUCGAAAAUUGCAGCAAGUGAAUUGGAAACAGUUACCGAUGACGAUGAGAAUACUUCUACGAACUUCACGGGACGGCAUGAAACUUCAGAAUACCAGUUAGGUCAGACCAGCCCAGAAGAAGAAGCGAAGAACAACUACGGUGUCCAGUCAUCAAGUAAUUUAUUAGAAGAGUUGGCACCUGAGAGGGAGGCAUUCUCAGAUUUGAAUUUGGGUACAAAUUCAAACCCGGUCUCUCCAAUCAAGAAAAGUGGUGAUCCGCUGUUUUCUGGUAGCACAUAUUUACCACUAGUGAGCGGAAAUGCUGAGCCAACUGUAGAAGAGGAAGCUGAUUACACUUCAGGGACUUCCGGCCAGUCUUCGUCGAAAAGGAAACCACAACGCUUAUUCAACUCUGCAAGAGUGCGUCGUCGUCCCUUACUCGAUAGUACAAAGUCGGUAGGGAAAAGCUCUGAGGAAGACAAAAUUUCAGAUCCCUUGGGUGAAUUCAAAAAGGAAAACGAAUUCCAAGAUGAACCUUUGGAUGAUACUUCUUCGAAUGCAAAUAACAAGUCGCUGAAAGGUGAUGUUGUAGAUUUAGCGGAUGGGGAGCUUUUUAAGCUAUCCCCAAAGAAGCAUCUACCUUCGAAUACCGAGCAAAGUAGUGCCAACACUCAAAGAAAAACAACUAAUGAACAAGCCACUACCACCCAAGAUAAACUGGUUGUCGAGUUUGAAAUUGAAGUAAAAGAUCCGGUGAAAGUUGGGGAACUAACAUCAAUGCAUGUGGAAUACUCUGUCGCCACAAAAUCCAAACUUUUAGAAAACAAUUUCGCUCAGGUCAAUAGAAGAUAUACUGAUUUUAGAUGGCUCUACCGUCAGUUGCAAAGCAAUCACUGGGGUACAAUAAUUCCUUCACCACCGGAAAAACAAUCUGUAGGGAGAUUUAAACAAGACUUUAUCGAAAAUAGACGUUUCCAAAUGGAAAGAAUGCUACAUAAAAUUACAGAAUCCCCUCUUUUACAAAAGGAUCCUGAUUUUCUCAUGUUUUUAAGCAGCCCAGAUUUUUCGAUUGACUCGAAGAAUCGAGAACAUAUUUCAGGCUCUGGGGCUUCCUCCGAUAGUAAUGAUCUUUCAGAAAUACACAUUAGUGACAUCCAAUUGCUUGGUCCGGAAGAUGCUGCAUUGAUUUUGAAGAGCGGCGGUAUCGAUACUGAGUCUCAGAAAAGAUUUAUGAACAUAUCUUUUUCAUCACCUCCAAAAUAUAUAGAAACAGAUGAUUAUUUCAGAGAGCAUUGGCAAAAUGCUCAAGUACUCGAAGAACAAUUAAGACAGCUAGAUAAGUCAUUAGAAAUGGUAGACUCAGAAAGGAAUGAGCUGGCCUCUGUGACAGAAGAAUUCUCCAAAACCAUGGAAAGCCUUGCUGACCUCGAGGUUACCAAGAAAAAUGCUAACUUGCUUUCAAAUUUUGCAGAUACUCAAAGGAGAAUAAAGGAAUCAUUAGAGAGAAGCUCUCUACAGGAGUCAUUAACUCUAGGUGUUACUUUGGAUGAAUACAUAAGAUCAUUGGCCAGCUUCAAAGCCAUUUUCAAUCAGAGGGCCAGACUGGGUCAAUACUUAGUUAUUGUUGAAGCUGAUUUAAUGAAAAAGGAGUCACAACUAGAGAAAUUACAUAAUAUCUUCAAAACCAAACCUAACUCUGAGAAAGUUCAGACGGCAAAGAAGGAGUACCAGAUAUUAAAAACAAGGUUCAAUAAUAUAAAGAAAAGCUGGCAAACCGUUGGUGAUAGGAUCAAGAAUGAGGUUGAAAAUUAUCAACUAGAAAAGGUUCACGAUUUUAGGAAUAGUAUCGAAAUAUUCUUGGAGUCCGCUAUAGAAUCUCAAAAGGAAAAUAUAGAACUAUGGGAAACGUUUUACCAAAAUUAUCUAUAG